AUGUACUCGACCAAGGUGCUCAACAAAAACAUUGCCCAGAGCUACUUGACCAUCGGUGAUCCCUACCGAGACCCGCACCUCAUUGAAGGCAAGAACUCGCGCCACAAGGGCAAGCAGAUUCUCACUGUGCCAGCCAAGAACACGUGCAAUGGCUCGGGGUACUUCGAGAAGAAGACGUACUCGUCCGAUCCGUUGCAGGACAACACGGCGUACCUGAAGUCGCAGCCGAUGGACUUGCGAAAGUCUGGCUUCGGCUCGAAGGACGCGAGCCGGCGAGACGAGUUUAUGAGCCAUGUUCGCACGGAGCAGUACCGCGAGACGCUGCACACGGAGAUGAAGAUUCUAGAUAAGCAGAAACAGAACGACCCGCCGGGCAUGUUCGAUGCGCUCGACUCGCUGAACCAGAAUCACCACUUCCCUGAAGGUCUUCAGGAGACCAAGCACCUCUACGACAUCGGGCGCUCGCAGAAUACCGAGUUCAACCAGAAGUCACACCGAGACACGUUCUACACGAUGCGCAUCGGCAAUUCGCAGUACAAACGCAACAACGGACCGUUCAUGUUGACGUCUGAGUCUAUUGGACUCGGAGCCGACGACGUGUCUGGAAAUCGCCCGAACCCGAAGGGAGCCAGCACCAAACAGUUCUACGACCACAGCCACCUGCACACUUGA